AUGGAGGCUGAGAAUCCUGCUAAUAUUGUGGUAAACACUAUGAAUGAUCCUUUGCAUGUAGCAAGUUCGGAUCAUCCAGGUAUGGCACUCACUACUAUUGCUUUUAAUGGAAGUAAUUUUCAUGGUUGGAGUAGAACUGUAAAAAUGGCUUUAGGUGCCAAACUAAAAUUAGGAUUUAUUACUAGUACAUGUAAGAAAUCUGAAAAUGAUGAAGAAAAAUUGCAGAAAUGGACUAGGUGUGAUUAUAUGGUUACUUGUUGGAUCUUGAGUUCUAUGGUGACUGAAUUGUCAGAAGCUUUCUUGUAUGCUACUUCUGCUUUUGAGUUGUGGAAAGAAAUUAAUGAGAGGUAUGGGCAGAGUAAUGGUCCAUUGAUCUAUCAUUUGGAAAGAGAACUUAGUAGCAUUAAUCAGGGUAGUUUAAGUAUUGCAACUUAUUUCAACAAACUGAAGAAUUGUUGGGAUGAACUUCAUAACUUGAAUGAUAUUCCCUCAUGUACUUGUGGUAAAAUGGCUGAAUGCACUUGUAAGUUGGUUGAGAUGUUUCUGGCUAUAGAAAAUAGGUCAAGAUUGGUGCAAUUUCUGAUGAAACUCAAUGAUGAUUAUGAAUCUGUUAGAAAUCAGAUUCUUGCAGUGGAUCCUUUACCUAAUGUGAAUAAGGCAUUAUAA